AUGGUAAGAGCAUUGAAACAUCAUGAGCAGAAGCUUCUCAAGAAGGUCGAUUUCUACGAAUGGAAACAGGACCAGAACCACAGAGAUACGCAGGUGAUGCGUACGUACCAUAUCCAGAACCGUGAGGAUUAUCAUAAAUAUAACAGAAUAUGUGGUGAUGUGCGUCGUUUGGCACAUAAGCUAUCGCUUUUACAACCUACAGAUCCCUUCCGUAUCAAGCACGAGCAGCUCUUGCUAGAGAAACUAUAUCAUAUGGGCAUUCUUUCAACAAAAUCCAAGAUAUCAGCACUAGAGAAUAAAGUUACAGUCUCGGCUUUCUGUCGUCGUAGAUUGCCUGUAAUAAUGCAUAGAUUAAAGAUGGCACAGACACUCAAGGAUGCCGUUCAAUUCAUUGAACAAGGUCAUGUUAGAGUAGGACCUAACUUGAUUACAGAUCCAGCAUAUUUGGUAACAAGGAAUUUGGAGGAUUACGUUACAUGGACAGAUUCAUCCAAGAUCAAGAAGACUGUACUACGUUAUAGAAACGCGGUCGAUGAUUUUGACGAUGCCUAG